AAAACAAAUUCAAAUGUCAGUUGCUGCACCCGGUUCACGUUGAAGUCUUUCGCAAUUUUGUUAGCAAAUGUGUAACUAGAAUAUUCCAAAAACACAAUUGUCAAUAUUAUUAAAGUGUUUGAAAAUAUACAUACAGUUUAAUAGUAAAUGGAUUAUGAAUGAAUUCUACUAUCUAGACAUUUCGCUCAAACUAGCUGCAGAACCGGAUCAACUGUUACCAGUUUAUUUUAAAAGCUGUCUAGAGCAAGCCCUUGUUCGGAUCUUCGGCGAAAUUGGUGGCCAGACCACGGUGGACUUACUAAAGUUCGAUACAAAACAAGCGCGAGCCAUUGUACGAGUUCCAUCAAACAUCUACGUAAAGUUGCGGUCUGCAAUUGCGUUGAUUGGUCAAUUUCAGGAUAUUCCGUGUAGCUUUAAUUUUAGGCACAAUGUCAAUCUGCAAGAGCUAUGGUAAAGAUAAAGUUAUAUUUGCCACCAAAGAGGAUCACGCUAUACCCAGCACGGUUGAACUGCCGGAAUCCGAACCGGCACCAGGUUUAAUUCUUGAGAAUGGAGA